ACAACUUGUGUGGUAGCAGUUAGUCAAGGGGGAUAAAAGCGAGUAGCAGAGAUCCCCCCCACAUCAUCAUCAACAGUCAACAGUAGCAGUUAGUCUUCCUCUUGCUAGAAAGUUCAGAGAUUAGCUUUUUUUUUAGACAGGUUUUAAAGGCAAUUUUCUUGCACGCUUUUUUAAAAUGGAAUUAUUGUUGAUUUUAUCCCUUGCCUUAUCUGUUUUCCAGUUUGGAUUAUGCCACAGGUCUCCAACUGCUUAUAAACGUCGUUCUAACAAAUCGGCAAUAUUGACUUCAACGUCUUUGGCACAGGAGCUCGGUCACAUUCAACACCACUUGGAAGAUGUUGUUGGCCAACUAGACGUCAACCAGAUGGCUGAAGAUGAACUGAGGUUCCUAUAUUUCAAGAUGCAUGACAGUGAUGACAACAAUAAGUUGGAUGGAUGUGAACUUGUGAAUUCUCUGCUACACUGGCAUGUGGAAGAACACAAACAUUUGUCUCCAGAUUCUUCCCUUGACGGAAAGACAAAAAUCUUCAGCAACGACGAACUUGCAAUGUUUAUCGAUCCGAUUCUUCUAACGGAUGAUAGAAAUUUUGAUGGCUUCAUAGACUAUCCAGAGUUUGUUGCUGCUCAGGAUUCUAGAGUGUUUUGAUUCUAUAUGACUAUGCUUAUUAGGAAGACGAACCCGAAUCUUUCGGUGGGAGCUUAUUGAAUUGUAUUUUGUGUGAAUGACCACAAACUGGAUGUUUAGGUGAGAUGAAUUGAUUUUAAUCCUUCAGUUUUACCAUUAACUUGGUUUGUCUACAAAGUGGACUCUAAAUUUUACCUAUUGUAAACAAAUGUGAAUCUGAGUUUUAUCGGAUUUUAUAAUCGGAGAUGUAACGAAUUUUUAAUAAAAUUUUUGUUUCUUGAAA